AAAGCUAUGCUAUGAAUGUGUGUAUGAGCCAUGACCCCAGGACAGGAGGCUCAGUGCGGGGAAGGAAACGCCCACUAGCGGUUUUCUCACAGAAAACUAGCUAAAUCCGAGUCGAAGGGCGAUAAAACAUCUCUGGCUGAAGAAAGCAGGAUGUCGCUGAUGAUCUCCAGAGCCGAGGGGGUGACCGUGUUCACCGUCACCUCCAACCCCAAAAGCAAGUGGCCGCUGCUUUGCCAGCUUCUGGGCACCUUGUGCUACAGUCCGGUCUGCUCUGUGUCUCAGAGCUUGAAGCAGAAGAUGGGCAGGACUCACACAGUUCUGGGGACUCUACAGAUUCUGUUUGGAAUACUCAACGUGGCCAUUUGGUCUAUCUUCACAAAAGGUCCCUUCUUCACUUAUGUUUGGGCCAGCGUCUUUUGGUUUGGUGGAGUGUUAAUUGCAGCUGGAAUUAUAUGCAUCCUUGCUAACAAGUUUCCCAGUCCAUGCCUGGUUUGCUUUGUGGUCCUGGUGAAUCUAGUCAGUGUUGGACUGGCUAUAACUGCGAUUGUGUUCUGCUCAGUGGAGUUGAGACGGGUGUAUUUCCAUAUCCACUGUAACCCACCUGAUUAUUCAUAUGAUCGAACAACAGCAUCUCCUCUGAAGAGAGCUCAGAUGAAUGAGCUGCUGAAGGAAUGUGAGAAUUUCCAGGAAUUGGUGAAGUUUAUGGGGGGAGGAGUGCACGUCAUGAUGCUCGUGUUUGCCAGCCUUCAAAUUUGUCUCUCUAUCAGCUCGUCUGUUCUGAGUCUGAAGGCUCUGUUCAAGAAGAAGAAAGGAGAUGAAAUGGAGGAUCCUGAAUGUUUCAAGCCCCUUGUGGAGGAAGGCCUGACCAGCCCUACAUGCUAAACACUUUCAAUCCCCAUAAUUCACGUAAUUCCAGAAUUUCUGUCCAGAAAUUUCCACUUUCCUUUAGUCUCUGUGUUCUGUGAUGUUCUAUAUUCUAAUGAGAGACAUUAUUAUUACUGUGAUCUUCAUUAUGAUGCUCUCUUAACAAUCUGUUCUCUAAAGGAUCUUUACUAAAGACGUAAAGUGUUAUAUGGAACUACGACAACCUUUUCAUGCAUAAACAGAUCUUUGCUUUAUUAAAUGUUUCUUCUCUCUGUGGCAAAACCUGCAGUAUGUGGUUCUUUAGAGAACCCUUUAAAUGGUCAUAUACAGCACCAUAAGCUUUCUGCCGUCAUAGAACCUUUUAUGGGACUGUAUAGAGCUGUUUUUGCUGGCUCUCACAUUUUAAUCUUUCACAUGUGCUGCGUAUGUGUAACCACGAUUUCAUGAACUUGAAUAAAGAAGAAACGAAUAUUCUUCUGUA